AUGGAUCCGACCAAUUACUACCAGACUGGUCCUUACGAGGGGAACAAUUACAGUCCUCCCAGCAUGAACGCCCUCGCUUUUGGCGAACCGACAUUCUCCUACCAUCCGCCCGACGAUCAGGAUGUACCUGAUGUGCCGAGAGAUGGGGCAGCUAAUCUAGCUCAACUGAACACGACAUAUCCAAAUCCUUCUACCUUCGAAGGGCAACGAAGCAUGGUUCACGUCCAUCCUUCGGGAGUUGCGAGUAACACUAGUGGCGAAUUGCCUACCAUUGCACAACAAUUUUCGAACCGAUCCAGUCACGAUACAGGUGGCAGCAGUCGAACGACCUUCAACAACAGCAGAGCGAACGAGAGAACACAAACCGUUAAUCAGCCUAGGAGCAGAAGCACGCCACGCAACCUAAGCCAAUUAGGCGGUAUACCCAAUGUACAGAGUAAUAUCGAGAAAAGACUCGGUGUCCUGGAAAGUCAGGUUCAGAGUUUGAAGACACUUGAGGACAGUAUUACGAAGAACCUAACUCAGAUGAAAGAUUUGAAAUCUCAGAUCGAGCAGAUCAUGACUCAGAUGUUUCCAGACUAG